ACAACUACUUAAAAGUACAGAGAUUUGAUUGGUUAAUACAAAAUGAAAUAAUUAUAAAAUGGGUAUAUUCGCAAUCAUUUUCGCAGAUGUUAUGAUUGUGGCGAGAAAUUAUGGCGGAUUUAGUAGACAAAGCUAACCAUCUUUUACAAAACAUUGAUAAUUUACUUAUUUCUCUCGAUUGUUCGUGGCGAAGUUUACCAACUCUAGCCAAGAUCAAUGCUUUUGAGGAAGAGAUUGAGAUUGCAUCAAAUGAUGACGAUAUAAAGGAAGUUAUUGCUACAGCCAGGAUACUGUUGGAGUCUGAGAAUAAUGCCGAAAAUGACAGAACAACCAGUAGCUCGGAAAUACCAUCAACCAGUGUGGAAAUUCCUUCUACGAGUGAAACGUCCUCUGACAUAAUUACAAUUUCGAGCGACGAGGAAGAUGAUGCAAACCGCCGCGAAAACGCUUUAAGGGAGUAAAAUGUUUUCACAUGUUGAGAAAAAAAUUCUCACAGAAAGACUGGGAGAACAGGGAAAAAGUGUUUCAAAGUGAACUACAACAACAAUUAAAAAACGCUAGAGACGAUAUUUGUCAGUGCACAAUAUGUCUCCAAAACGAUAAACAGUACACCACAAUUCCUUGCGGACAUACAUAUUGUAAGGAAUGUGCAACAAAGGUCAGAUCUAAACGAAAAUGUUUUUUUUUGUAGAAAACGUGUUAGAUCAAUU